AUUAUCUUUCAAAAAUUGACAGUCAGCUGUUGUAUGUUAUGUUUGUGUAUAAAUUCUAUAUUUAUAUUUUCAAAAAAUGAAUGAAGAGAUAGACGACAGUGAAUUUUAUCAUCAAGAUUUCACAACUGCCUCAGAAUGGGAGGUUUUUAUGGCAAGAAUGGAAGAAAUUAUCAAUCAGUGGAAGUUGGAUGAUACUAGAAAUGAAGCCGCAACAGAUAAAUGCAGCAUAUGGAAUAUAAAAAGCGAAAAACUACAAUUUGCAGACGCCGAGUUUGUCUUGUAUUUAUAUUCCAAACAGAUAGAAAGUUCUGAUAUAUCAGAUAUUAAUGAUAAUAGUGACACACCUAAAAAUCCUUUAGAUACUUCUUACGAUUUCGAGUUAUAUAGUGAAUCAAAUAACGAAGAACAUUCCAUUUUAUUUACUUGGUAUGGACUCAAUGAAUACUUGGUACUGUCUCCUACAAAUUCUGCUGGAAUCACAUCUGAAAGUAAAAUUAAAAUUCUACUGAGUUCUGCUUAUAUUGUAUCCAGCAAUUUAUUAUCAUCAGCAAAUGUGAGCUGCCAAAGGCCAAUUUUUAUACAGAUAAGAGAAAAGUGGCAAAAAUGUUAUCUAGGAGUAUUCGAAAACGAAAUAAUGAGAACUAAUUUUGAAAUGGUUCAUUUAAAAGCAGGCCCAUCGUGUUAUUACUACUUACAUGGAAUUUUAGAUUUGUUUACAUCUAAAAUAAUGUCUCCUUGUAAUAUCGAUGACAUUAGUAUAUCUUCAAGAAAUACAUAUCUUUUAUCUGAUUUUGGUAAUUAUGUUUGGAAACAAGAUUUACUUAACGAAAGUUAUGAAUCAGAUUCCCUCUGUAUUUUACCAUUUGGAGUAACUGUGGAUCCUGUGAAUGCUAUAGUUUUGAAUACAACUUGGAACCAUCUGUCCCAAAUUGUUAUUAUCGAUAGAGAAAAUCACAGUAGUUUCUCUCCAAUGAAUGCUAUGCAGUGGUCAGUUUUGAUAAAAACUACUGCAGAACCAGUUUGUUUAUUGGCAGAUGCGGUUGCUGAAUUCUUUCAGAAUUUCAACAACCAAAACACCAUGUAUGAAGUAUUGGGAGAUUUUGCUUCUUUACCCAGUGCUGACACAAAUCCAUUAGAUCUUCUCACAGAACCUGCUGUCCCAUCAAUAUCAAGGUUAUUAACCAGAGCAGGAAGACCGGCGUUGUCCCGAUCGAGGAAAGGUGCAAAUCCACCUCUUACAGAAUCAAUUUUAGUACCAUUAUUGUACUUUUUGUUUCCCGAUGCUGAUGAAAAAACAGCUUCUCCUUAUGGUAAAGAAGAUAAGGAAUCUUCAGAUGUUGAUUGUUCUCAAGUAUUUUUCAAAAAGAUCGAUGAAGAAUUCAAAGGUUACAAAACUUGUAACGUGGAUUCUCUUCCGUGGAGGUUGUCUAUAGUAUUGGCUCAUUGUCUUCAAAGUCUCGGUGGAUUGAAAGCUUUUGCUCACAUCUGGUACGAGUUUGUUCAAGAAAUGAGGUAUCGUUGGGAGAAAUCUCUUCCUAUACCCGGAUUAUCUCCAGGUUUAGACGUAAGAACGUGUUUGCUGCAUCAAAAACUUCAAAUGUUGAAUCACUGCAUAGAAAGGAAAAUAACGAGAGAAAACGCCCAACAACCCAUGUACGAAUCAGCAGAAGACUCGUCCACAGAUGACGAAUUCUACGAUUGUUCGUCCGAAAAACCUCCCGAAGAGAAAAGUAAAGAGAAACAAUCUCUAUGGAAUCAACCCGUCGGAAGAUUGUGCAAAUGUGGAAAUUUGAAAUUGUUGAAAACCGGAAACACUCUGUAUAUUCCCGUAACACAGGAACAGGCACUGAAAACUGAAGACCAAGUGCAAGAACAUUCCGAUUUUCUCCUUAACCUCGGUUCAAACGCGGAAGCAACAGAAAUAAGAGCCAGAUUGAUGAGCGCUUCGUUACUUUCCGAUAUGGAAUCCUUCAAAGCAGCCAAUCCUGGAGCCGUAGUCGAGGACUUUAUAAGAUGGUAUUCACCUGCCGAUUGGAUAGAAGAAGACGAAUUGGAUCAGUGGGGUCAAAAAGUGGGACAUUUAAGUUCGAGAAUGCUCAUCGCUGAAAAUAAUAUCUGGAUGGAAACAUGGGAAUCCGCAAAACCAGUACCGGCGCAUAGGCAGAAGAGAUUGUUCGACGAUACGAGGGAAGCCGAAAAGGUUUUGCAAUUUUUGGAUUUGAGAUCGAUCGCACAGAUUUGUGAAUUGAUUAUUCCGAUUCUAACGCACGCCGCCAUCUAUAGAUUAAUAGAAGAAUGUCAGACGUUCGCUCAAGACCACCAAGAACUUUCUUCUAAAAUAACGAAACUAAUACGUAUCGGCGAACAUCUCACGCGGGAACAAAAGGUGCAGUUACGUAGAUUCGAAUCCUUCAUCCACGAAAUUACAUCACUAGAAUUGCUCGUUUCUCAAAUGAAUUCCCUCCAUUACAAAUUGAAUCCAUCGAGGGCAGUCAACGAACGUAUCAACGAUAUAGUUGUCCACCUGGUAUCGGGUGACGAAGUCGUAUUGGAGGAUAUGAGUGAAUCGGAAGUCGGAAGUAGAAUAGUAUCCAUGUUCGCGGAAGCGCAAAAAGCGAUUCCCGGUGACGAUAAAGAAGUGAAUAAAACGUCGUUUCCAUCGCCGGCCGUUAGGGAAUUCGUUCUGCGCGCCAACGCCGUCAAACCCGCCGUUCAUUCGGCGAAAUGUCCGCAGUUUUUGAGAGCUGUUUUGAGUAAAGAUGAAUUUAGGUUAUGCGGGGCUUUUUCGGAAGAUACGGUCUUCUUUUAGGAUCAUUUUUCUAUUUAAACAUGAAAAUAUUAUCACAGCGUCAAUUUUCUUUCCAUUUAGAUUAAUUUUGGUUUUUGAUUUUGAAAAAAAAAAUAGUUUUUUCAUAUAUUUUAUAUUUGUUUUUAUCAGGUUUAUUACUGUCUUGUCUUAUAUAUCUUAUACUAUCAUCAUUCUGAUCAUUUCUAGAUAUUUUUUUCUCUUGGUAUCCUUUUUCUGAUUAUUUUCGACCUUUUUCUUUGUUACAAGUUUCAGGAUGUUACAAUUAAUAUUUAUCCUUUUACGAUUUUUAUUAUCUUUUAUUCAAAUCUGUAAUCAUUUCUCUUUUAGAUCAUUUUAAGAAUGUAAGCCUGAAUUUUUAUUUUUUUUUAUUUAUUUAUUAAUGUUAUUUCUUCAUUUUUUUUUUUCAUCAAAUAAUCAAAUCAAAAUUAUUAUCGUUUCUUCGAGAUUUGGUUAUUAAUGUCCUUCUGCUUCUUAUAUUUUCAUAGGAUAAUCAUUUUGCUCCUGCCAAUUUUCUUUGUAUCAUUCUCUAUUGAUUUUUCUAUAAAGUAACGUUCUCAAAAUAUCUAUUCAAUCUCCCUUUUUAUUUCUUUGUAUUCUUCCUAGAUCUUCUUCCACUUUACCUCUUCAUUUUCUGUAUUUCUAUCUAUUUCUGCCAACUUUGAUCAAACUACAAUAUUAAAUGGAUUCUUUCUCUUUCCGAAUUUUUCUAUGAUUUACUUAUUAUUAUUAUCCUGCAAAUUUUUACAUUUUCAUUCCUCGGUCUUCUUUCAGGAUAAUUAUUCCAUUUCUGCCAAUUUUCAUUUUUGUCUUCGUCAUUAUUUUAAAGUAUUUAAUGACUAUUGACUCAAAUCUUGAAUUUUACUCAUUUUUUAUUAUUUUUCUUCUACUUUGAUCCACUUCACAUUUUGUACAUCAGUCAUUUUGUCCUUUUUCAGCUAAUUUCAUCAAGUUUUAAUAAGUUAUGUUCCUUCAAUAAUUUUUCGACCACUCUUUUUAUUUAUUUCUAUUCUUUUCGACUCUUUAUCCACUUUUUCAUCCUAUUCCUGCCAAUUUUGAUUAAAUCAUGUCAAUGAUCUUCGUUUUUUGGGAACAUUUAUAUUUCUUGGUAUACUUGUUCGUCUUUUUACUAUUCCAAAUUUUUAAUCAUCAUUUUCCUAUAUUUCACCUUUUCCUAUUUCACAUUUUGUUCACCUGUCACAUGUCAACAAUUUUUCAAAUAUUUUCCUACAAUUUCUAUUACUAAAUAUCUUUAUUUAGUAUUUAUUCAACCUCCCUUUUUAUUUAUUUCUAUUUUUUCUCGUUUUAAUUUACUUCCUCUUUUAAUUAUGUAUAUGCAUUCCUUCUAAUUUCUGUCGACUUUUAUUUUGUUCAAUUAUCAUCAUCUUCUUUCUCAAUUUUCUCAUACAUUAGUUACUAUUAUCAUGUUCCUACCGUUUACAUUUUCAUUUUUUGUCCUAAUUUCUUCAUUUUUUAGUCUUCUAAUGUCUCUGAAACUUUUUUUCCAAUUUAUUUUUUAUUAUCAUAAUUUUUAAGCAACACAGUCUCUUUUGUAGAUCUUCUUUCACAUGCUCUAUUUAUUAAUCCAUUGUAAUUUUUUUUUAUUCUUAUAUCAUUUAUAAUUCAUGACAAUUGUUUAAUUCAUUUCAUCCUUUCUUACCAUUUGGUCGUUCUAUUUGCUUUUGAUUCAAAAUUUAUCUUAUUUUCACAUUUUCUAUAUUACUUUCCUAUUUGAUGUUUCUACUUCUUAUUUUUUAUUGUUUAUUGUUUUAUUUAUUCGGUUUGUUUUCACUACUUCAUCAUCGUUAAAAAUUUAAUCAAUGGUAUUCACUUUUUUAUCACCUUCUAUUACUAGUUUUUUUUUUAUUUCUUGUUCUGAAUUAUUUUUUUUUUCAAUAUCUUUUAUUGUUAUAAUUAUUUUAGUUAGUUUUUAUCCAUUUUCAUUGCAUCAUCAUUAUCUUAGAAAAAAAUAGCUGAUGAAUAUAACUUUGGAUGCAAUUUAUUCAUCUCAUUGUUUCGUAACUAACUCCUUCAAUUGCUUCUUGGUCUUUUUCUUUAUUCAGAUUUUCUUUUCCUCUCUUUAUAUUCUAUCAAUGAUUAUUAUAUUCAAACUAUCUAAAAAUGUUAGAAUCAAAGUUUUUUUAUUACCUUUUCAUGCCAAAAAAAGAAAUUCUGUAGACUUAGAAUGGAUGAUGUAUCAUAUCAUUAACAAAUCUUCCAACUUAUAUUUUGACAUUCAACUUGACACAAAUUUGGAGUGUAUGAUUUUGUAAAACGAAAUCGAAUUAAAUUUUGUCAAUUUAUGGAACAUAUUUAUAAAUAUUUUAUCGGUGAUUGUAUCAUUAAUUAUGUUAAAUAAAAGUUUUAAUAUAAACAAA